CAUGCUCACAGUUGACGCUUGAUUAUGUUCUGUUUACUUUAGAGGAGCUAGGUGACAUUCUGCUUUUCAUGCAUUAGUCAAUAUUGCACUCUUUUUUGGCUUACUCAAACUGACAUUCCUAAUGCCUUGUUUUCAGGAUGGCGAAGACUAUAAUCGAUGCUCUUAUAGGUCUCAAUUUUGACAACUCACCGAGUAAUCUGGCAGCAGCAACCCUCUUUUAUCUUUUGACUGGUGACGGUCAAGACGAUCAGCUUUUGGAAUCACCAAGCUGCAUUAAUUUCCUUGUUAAGAUGUUGAAACCAAUUGUCUCCCCAUUUACCGAAGACAAGGUCUCCCAAUUUGGUUUUAAGCUUUCAGGAUCACGUAAGGAUCCUGAGAUAUUCCAUGGGGGGAUGAACAAAAAGGAUAGUGGCUCUGCCAAUAUCAUAUCAAGAGCGAAGGAAAUUCCUGUAAGUUGCAAGGAACUGAAGCCAAGCCUUUUGGAUGAUAGUGGAAUUCACAGGCCUGAGCUAAGCCCCAAGUGGAUAGCUUUGUUGACUGUGGAGAAAGCUAGUUUAUCUACCAUUGCUCUUGAAGGAGAUUACUUCUUGUGUACAUCAUAAAAAAAAAUAACAAUAUCUACAACAACUUAAGCUUUAUUCCACUAGGUGGAGUUGGCUACAUCAUUAGAUAAAUAGUUGGACUUAGUUGGUCUACUACGGAGUUUUGUCAUCCAAUGGCUUUAUUGGUGUUCUGUUGUAAAUCAUGGUGUCAUCUCUCUCUCUCUCUCUCUCUCUCUCUCUCUCUCUCGUGUUUCCCCCUAGUAGUUGUUUUGACUAAAUUCCUUUUCUUAACAACUGUAUCUGGAUAAGUUCUGUGAUUCUUUUGUUGCUGUUGUUGUGCCUGCUCAUCUUCUCACAUGAGUAAAAUGCAUAUAGCGUUUUAUUUCUACUAUAAUGGUGAACACCUGCAUACUCAAUUUCUCAAUUAUGCCCAGCGAUUUUCAGCAACUGCUGGAAGAAUUUCUCUUUUUAAAAUUUUGAGUUAACUUUUCUAUGUAUCUUCAAAUCAUUAAAAAGCAAGUUAUUGAUCUUCCAUCUCGUAGUCUCCCUUGUUAGUCUUCUGAUCUGCUUUAAAGUUUACGAAAUGCUCGUCAUUGAUUUUCUUGCAACUUUUUGGUAGAUUAGCUCCUAAUCUGUGUAUUAAAUAUAGCAGAGUAUUUGUAAGUUAUAUUUUCUCGCUGCUUCCUUUGUUUCUAGCGUAGUCCUCACUGAAUGCAGACUUAUCUUUCAAGUUAAUUCUUGCAGAAAGUUCUAGCAGAGUAUUUGAUUGUUUGAGAUGGAUUUGCAGAGAGAUGAGAGGUUGCGCGAAUGGGAAGCACGGUUGCUGGAAGAGACCGUGCCUCUUUUGUAGGAUUCUAAAACGGCUAAAGUGAGUUUAAAAUUUUAAUUUUCUUCUUUGAGAUUGCCAUUUGACUCCCAAAAAUUUAUGGAGUGAGUUAAGUGAAAUAAUAUUUUUCACUGUGGAGC